UAAUGACAACCAUAUUAUACGAUAUAUAUAGUUAUGCUAUGCUUUUAGGCUUUUAUACAUAUUAAAAUGAUCCCUUCAUUAUUCCCAUCUUCUUUUUCUGUUGCCUUUCCCAAUCUCCUUUUCAGAUCCCCGCCAUCAUCUCCACCAUCAUCAUCUUUCAGUUUCUAAAAGGUCUCUCUCUCUCUAAACAACAACAAUAUCUAAUUAUGGAGUAGGGAGCUCAAGCAAGCAGUGACUUUUUUGGAUCCUAAUUAUGCUCUCCACAUCAACAGAUUAAACCCGAAGCCUUUUGCUCUUGAAAUCAGUCAAGCAUCAUGUAAUUUUAAAACAGAACCCAUUUGUUGAAUCAAGAAAACAAACAAGUUGAAAAGGAUUUCAGUGUUGUCCUUGAACAAGGAGAGUGGAGAGAGAGAGAGAGAGUAGCACUAAUAGACCCAAAAGAUGGGUUCUUUCAUCGGGCAUGCUUUACCAGGAACAUUGUUUCUAUUGGUUGGUGUAUGGCAUAUAUGGAGCUCUUUGGUUAGAUAUGUAUCGAAUCCAAAGUCAUUUCGCGUCCGGGUUUGGAACCCUGUGCCUGGUUUUGAUGGGAAGCUUGAGUACUUGGAGCUUUAUCUUGUAGCGGGUGGUGCCUUUAUUGACAUGUGUAUUGAGGUUUUGUACUCUACGCACCUAAAAUUCUUUAUCAACGGAGUCUUGAAUCCUCAUCAUAUGAAUGAUUUUGAGCACGGUGGAAUGCUUCUCAUGUUCUUUAUCUUCGGGGUUGUCAGUUUGCUAUCAGAGAAAACAAGAUUUCUACCCUUGCCAGAAGGAGCCCUCUGCUUGGUUGCUGCAGCGGCAUUUUCUGCAGAGUAUCUCCUGUUUUACUUUCACUCAACAACCCAUAAAGGGCUUGAAGGGCACUACCAUCUCCUCCUUGUCCUUCUGAUAGGCCUCUGUGUUUUAUCCGUUGCGGCGGGGGCACUUCUCCGAACCAGCUUUCCUGUUGAUUUAUCCAGUGGCAUUGCUAUAACUCUCCAAGGCCUCUGGUUUUAUCAGACUGCCUUCACUCUCUACGGUCCCAUGAUGCCCAACGGAUGUCAGCUUAAGGGCGAUCAGAUUGUGUGUCGAUCAUCAGACAGUCUGGUUCGAGGCGAGCUGCUUGCAAACUUUCAGCUCUUCUCCUUGGUCUUUGGUGUCCUAGUCACUGUUGCGGCCUCAUAUGGUUUUGCAGCUUCAAGAUAUGGGCAUUCUGAUCUUAAGAGCUUGCAUGUUCUUCCCGAUGGAUUAGAAUGAGAUCAAAAUAGGGUAUGCGAUCUCACCCUAUUUCCACCUCAUUUUGUAUUUAUUAGCGAUAGUUUUUCUCUGCCUGAUGAGGAGAUGGAUGUCCUGUGAAUAUGAAAGCAUACUAUAUUAAUUUCCAUGAUAAUAUUUUUAAAGACCCUUAAUAGUA